GUGGAGGGAAGUUAAACUAACUGUCUGUCAGCCACAGGUAAUUUACCUUUCUGAGGAAGAAGAUAAAGUGUUGUUACUUGGCGCCCUUUAACUUCUUCCAUAGCUUAUCUAUCUACAAACGACUUCAUUUGAGCUUUGAAGCUUAGAGAGAGAAAGAUUUAGAGAGAGAGAGAGAGAGAGAGAGGGGGAGUAGUUAGUGAGAGAAUGCGAAACAUAGCGCUCUUAGGAAGUGUGGUAGUGGGGGCCAAUUCGGUGCCUCGGUUGUUUGUUCAAAAACCUCCCAACAUUAACAAACAGUUGUUCAGUUGUUACCUGCUUUCUCUGCAACACCCCAGUUCCAAGAAUUACUCUUCCAAGCUUUUUCUGAGGAACCCAAGUUCCGUUUUCUCAAGACACUCGAGCCAGUGGAGUGCAAACACAUUUGGGCGCUUUUUACAGACUUCUGAAAAAUCAGAUGGCCAUGAGUCCUUAAGGUGUCUGGACCUCAAAAACUUCGGAGAGAUCGCGGAAUUAAUUGAAAAUAUGGAUGAAUAUGAUGCCAAAAUUAAAGCGCUUGCAGAGAAAAACUUAAAAAAGAAAUCUGAGAAAACAAUAGACUUCCUUUUUGCUGAUAAUUUGGUUGGUCAUUACCUGAAUUUUAUGCUGCUAUUUGGGUUUCUUGCUCUUCAAGGAACUCAACCAGCUGUUGCUGCUUCUGGUUUUGCAAGUGGGCUGCUGUCUUCUCCUUAUUUCGCGGACCUCGGAGAUAUUAGCACAGGUUUUGCUUCAGCGUUCUUGCUGAUCUUUUUCUCAGAACUGGGCGACAAGACCUUCUUUAUUGCAGCUUUAUUAGCAGCUAGGAAUUCUGCCGCUGUUGUUUUCACGGGGACUUUUGGUGCACUUGCGGCAAUGACCAUAAUAUCCGUUGCUCUCGGACGAACUUUCCACUAUGUUGAUGAAAUCCUACCCUUCAGAUUUGGUGGGAAUGAUUUACCUCUGGACGAUAUUGCUGCAGUCAUUCUUUUGGUUUAUUUUGGGGUUUCAACCUUGCUUGAUGCCAGCUCAAGUGAUGGUCUAAAAGCAGAAGAUGAACAGAAAGAGGCCGAGUUAGCUGUUUCAGAAUUUUCAGGAAAUGGUGCCGGGAUAUUAGCUGCUGCUAACACUGUCAUUAGCACUUUCUUCUUAGUUUUUGUUGCUGAAUGGGGUGACAAAUCAUUUUUUUCUACAAUAGCACUUGCUGCAGCCUCUUCACCCCUUGGAGUCAUCGCAGGAGCAUUGGCUGGUCAUGGAGUUGCAACUUUGCUUGCUGUUUUGGGAGGUUCUUUAUUGGGCUCAUUCUUAUCAGAGAAGGCAAUUGCCUACAUUGGAGGAGUUCUUUUUCUAGUGUUUGCUGCUGUGACAUUGGUUGAGAUAUUGAACUAAAAGAUCUAGAAAGGUUAAUACAUUAUUCUUUGCCUGAUGAGAAUUUUGUUUUGUACCACUACAUAUUUACCGCAGCAACUUUUUCUAUUCAUUGCCGUAAGGUGGAUUAGAAAGGAACAUUUGUAAUUUUGUAUUGUUUUGUAGUAAUUAUGACUUUU